AUGGAGGUGGACGUGGAUGUGGUCGUGGACGUGGACGUGGACGUGGACGUGGUCCUGGUCGUGGACGUGGUCGUAGACGUGGACGUGGUCGUCCACGAAGUGGACUUGGACGUGGACGUGGACGUGGACGUGGACAUGGUCGUGGACGUGGACGUGGACAUGGACGUGGUCGUGGUCGUGGACGUAGACGUGGUCGUGGACGUGGACGUGGACGUGGACGAGGAGGACGUGGACGUGUACGUGGAGGACAUGGACGUGGACGUGGACGUGGACAUGGUCGUGGACGUGGACGUGGACGUGGACGUGGACGACUUGGACGUGGUCAUGGACGUGGACGUGGACGUGGUCGUGGACGUGGACGUGGACGUGGACGUGGUCCUGGUCGUGGACGUGGUCGUAGACGUGGACGUGGCCGUCCACGACGUGGACUUGCACGUGGACGUGGACGUGGACGUGGUCGUGGACGUGGACGUGGACAUGGACGUGGUCGUGGACGUAGACGUGGUCGUGGAUGUGGACGUGGACGUGGACGCGGAGGACGUGGACGUGGACGUGGAGGACGUGGACGUGGACUUGGACGUGGACGUGGACGUGGACGUGGACGUGGACGUGGACGUGGACAUGGUCGUGGACGUGGACGUGGACGUGGACGUGGACGUGGACGUGGACGUGGACGUGGACGUGGACGUGGACAUGGACGUGGACGUGGACGUGGACGUGGACAUGGUCGUGGACGUGGACGUGGACGUGGACGUGGACGUGGACGUGGUCGUAGACGUGGACAUGGACGUAGACAUGGACGUGGACGUGGACGUGGACGUGGUCGUGGACAUGGACCUGGACGUGGACGUGGACGUGGACGACUUGGACGUGGACAUGGACGUGGACGUGGACGUGGUCAUGGACGUGGACGUGGACGUGGACGUGGUCCUGGUCGUGGACGUGGUCGUAGACGUGGACGUGGCCGUCCACGACGUGGACUUGCACGUGGACGUGGACGUGGACGUGGACGUGGUCGUGGUCGUGGUCGUGGACGUAGACGUGGUCGUGGAUGUGGACGUGGACGUGGACGCGGAGGACGUGGACGUGGACGCGGAGGACGUGGACGUGGACGUGGACGUGGACGUGGACGUGGACGUGGACGUGGACGUGGACGUGGACGUGGACAUGGUCGUGGACGUGGACGUGGACGUGGACGUGGACGUGGACGUGGACGUGGUCGUGGACGUGGACGUGGACGUGGACGUGGACGUGGACGUGGACGUAGACCUGGACGUGGACGUGGACGUGGACGUGGACGUGGACGUGGACGUGGACGUGGACCUGGACGUGGUCGUGGACGUGGACGUGGACGUGGACGUGGACGCGGACGUGGACGUGGACCGGACGUGGACGUGGACGCGGACGUGGACGUGGACGUGGACGUGGACGCGGACGUGGACGUGGACGUGGACGUGGACGUGGACGCGGACGUGGACGUGGACGUGGACAUGGUCGUGGACGUGGACAUGGAGGUGGACGUGGACGUGGACAUGGACGUGGACAUGGAGGUGGACGUGGACGUGGACGUGGACGUGGACGUGGACGUGGACGUGGACAUGGACGUGGACGUGGAUUGGACAUGGACGUGGACGUGGACGUGGUCGUGGACGUGGACGUGGACGUGGACAUGGACGUGGACGUGGACGUGGACGUCGUCGUGGACGUGGACAUGGUCGUGGACGUGGACGUGGACGUGGACGUGGACGAGGACGUGGUCGUGAACGUGGAUGUUGA